AGAAAUUGCAAAAUUAAUUUAUUCGAUUUUGAGGGACUAAAAUUGUUGCAGAGAGGUUUGAAGAAUUGAGCACUAUCAGAAAAGCAGUGCAAAAUGUUAAUUAUCCUUUAACCGCCACCAAUUCUUUGCCAACGUUCUAUGCCGGUGGUGCUACGCUCACACGGUGAAUUUGCAGCACCUUCGAAAAUGCGUAUCGUUCGUGCUGCCACACGCUUCUGUGCCGUGCUGAGUUUCUAUGGGUGGAGGGGUGGCAUUGCACUGCUUUUCAUGCCGAAUUUGAACGCAGGUACGGAUAACCGUCCUGGUAAGAAAUGUAAACCGUGUUCAUUGGCCCAGGGCCAGGUCAUAAAUAAACGCAUCGCUGGUAAAAAUAAAAAACUACCAAUCACAAAUUUUUUACCAAUAUUAUUCACCACCACCCAUCAACUCACACCGAUCCGUACAAAUUUAGAUAAUCCUUAACUAUCAGCCGCCCAUCAUCACACCCCACACAUCCAUCCAUCCUCCUCUCCACGCUUCUCCUAAUCACGUACUGCCAAUUUCCACGUAUUCUUUUGCA